AUGAGCUUUUCAGAAAGCGAUCCACUGGACGUUGUCGUCGGGCCGGCGGGCACCAUCAGCCGCAACCCACUUCGCGCGCUUCUUGAAGCCGUCACCAAGGCAUACAACCUCACCUUGGAUUACAACAUCACUUCCUUCGAAAAUGAUACAGAACUGGAUUUCAAUAUUACACAACCGGAACCCGGAAUACGAUGGAGUAUUUAUCUAAAAUUGCUCCAGGAUCGAGCAGUUCUCGUCUCGUUUCUGCUCUUAUUCUCACUGACAACUGUAUUCGGCAAUAUGCUCGUGAUUGCAGCCGUUAUACGAGAACGUUAUCUGCACACAUCGACUAAUUAUUUCGUUACUUCGCUGGCGGUUGCCGAUUGCCUCGUGGGAUUAGUGGUGAUGCCGUUUUCGGCAUUAUACGAGGUCCUGGAGCACACAUGGUUCUUUGGGAUGGACUGGUGUGACGUGUGGCGAUCGCUGGAUGUAUUGUUUAGCACCGCAUCGAUUCUCAACUUGUGCGUAAUAUCUGUGGACCGUUACUGGGCGAUUACGGAUCCGAUUACAUAUCCAAUGCGAAUGAGCGGACGAAAAGCAGCUUUUCUGAUAGGAUGUGUCUGGGUAUGCUCUGGAGCAAUUUCCUUUCCUGCAAUCGCUUGGUGGCGAGCCGUGCGACAACCUAAUGUGCCGAUGUUAAAGUGCCCUUUUACCGAUAAUUUAGAGUACAUAAUCUUCUCAUCGACAAUUUCCUUUUACUUGCCACUGUUCGUUAUGGUGUUCACUUAUUACCGGAUCUACCGUGCGGCGACGAUUCAGACACGUUCGUUGAAAAUCGGCACGAAGCAAGUGAUGCGUCCUAGCGGCGAACUGGAACUCACCCUGCGCAUCCAUCGAGGCGGUACUGUACGCCAGCGCAGCGACGCGUGCCAUGGUGGGUGCACGCCCGAUGAACAGGAUGCCGAACCACUCACAGCACUGCAGAAUAACGGCCUCUCUCGAUCUACUACCCGGCUCAGCAACGUAGCUCACGGCAAGCACCUGCCUAAGAAUUUUUCAUUAUCUCGAAAAUUGGCCAAAUUCGCAAAGGAAAAGAAAGCCGCUAAGACCCUUGGCAUCGUGAUGGGUGUAUUCAUCGUGUGCUGGCUUCCAUUCUUCGUUGUGAAUCUGUUGUCUGGCAUAUGUUCCGAGUGCAUCGCGCAUGAAGAGAUCGUUAGCGUGGUGGUGACAUGGCUUGGCUGGGUCAAUUCUUCCAUGAAUCCGGUGAUUUAUGCUUGCUGGAGCCGCGAUUUCCGCAGAGCAUUUCUAAGGAUCUUGUGCGCUUGUUGCCCUCGUGCUCUUCGCCGCAAGUACCAACCACAACUUCGCUUCAAGCAAUCGCAGUUUCGCACCACACGCCGCUACUUUAGCUCGAGCGAGUUGGUGGGCAUACAGUCCAUCCGUCAAAAUUCCUGCGAGCAAACUUACAUUUAAAUCUGUUCCGUC